AUGGCGGCGGCGGCGGGCGGCAGGCGGGCUAAGGCCCCGCGCGGGGCGGCGGCGCGGCGGCGGCCACGGCCGGCGGCACCGGGCGCCGAUGGGAGACCGCGGGCGACGGCCGGUCGGCCCGCCGACGAGGAAGUGUCCAGUGAUUCCGAGACAGAGAGCCCGUUGUUGGGGCGGCGGCGGCGAGAGGCAGCGGAGGAGGAGGUGGAGGAGACGCCGCAGGAGAAGAAGCUGCGCUUGGCCAAGCAGUACCUGGAGGAGCUCCGGCAGCUCGAGGAGGAGCGGGCGGAGGACGAGGAGGAGCUGGAGCCGGCGGAUCUCAUCGGCGACCGCCUGAAGGAGGACGUGCUGGAGCAGAGAGGCCGGCUGCAGCGCCUGGUCGCCAAAGAUGUACAGCCCCCAGAUCCAGCCAGGAUCCGUGUGCUGCGGGGACACCAGCUGCCCGUUACCUGCCUCGUCAUCUCUCCUGAUGACAAAUUCAUUUUUUCUGCUUCCAAGGAUGGCUCCCUCAUCAAAUGGGAGGUGGACAGUGGGAAGAGGCUGUGCGUGGUGCCUGGGGGGAAGAAGGGCACGGAGGAGCGGCACAUGGGGCACGCGUCCCAGGUCCUUUGCAUGGCCAUUUCAUCGGACGGCAAGUACCUGGCUACGGGAGACAGGAACAAGCUGAUCAUGAUCUGGGAUGCCGCCACCUGCAAGCGCCUGCACAUCUUCACGGGGCACCGUGACGCCGUCUCGGGCCUGUCCUUCCGAAAGGGCACGCACCAGCUGUACAGCGCUUCCCACGACCGCUGCGUCAAGGUCUGGGACGUGGCUGAGAACGCAUACGUGGAGACCCUGUUUGGACACCAGGACGUCAUCACAGGGCUGGACAGCCUGAGCCGGGAGUGCUGUGUGACCGCGGGGGGACGGGACGGCACCGUGCGGCUCUGGAAGAUCCCUGAGGAGUCACAGCUCGUCUUCUCUGGGCACCAGGGCUCCAUCGACUGUAUCCAGCUCAUCAACGAGGAGCACAUGGUGUCUGGUGCAGAUGAUGGGUCUGUAGCCCUGUGGGGGCUGACGAAGAAGAAGCCGCUGGCGCUGGCUCGGCAGGCGCACGGUGAGCACGGCACCGAGGGCCUGCAGCAGCCCUGCUGGGUCUCAGCCGUGGCUGCCCUGCGCAACAGUGACCUCCUGGCCACAGGGUCCCACAGCGGCUGCGUGAAGCUCUGGAAGUGUGGGGAAGGAUUUCGGAAACUGGAGCACCUCUUGGACAUCCCCUUGGUGGGUUUUGUCAACAGCCUCAAGUUCUCAGCAGCUGGUGACUUCCUGGUGGCUGGCAUCGGGCAGGAGCACCGGCUGGGACGGUGGUGGAGAAUCAAAGAAGCCAAAAACAGUGUCUGCAUCAUCCCCCUGAAACAGAAGACCACAGCCUCCAGCCCUGAAUCCCCGGGCAGCUCCUAGCCCUCUGUCCCUGGAGCCACUGGAGCAGGUCACUCUGUCCCUGGAGCUGUGCCCCCCAUCCCUGGUGCAGCCACCACCGUGCUCAGCAGGAUGUGAGUGGGGGUUGUCACACGGCCCCGAUUCUGCUGGCCCCCAUGUCU